GACAGCCCGGUCCCGUCCCGUUAUUCGCCGGCCAUGGAGUCCGUCCGUCCGCAGCGGCUGCAGCCCGGGGUGGGAGCCGGGGUCACCGGGGGUAGUCUGCGCUCUCUGCGGCCCGGGGUGACCGGCAGCUCGUUCUCCGCCGCUCAGGCCUCGGCUCCGCCUCCCCCCCUUGGCCUGGGGCUCUCAGGGACCCUUCCUGCGGGGUUCGGCAGCCCCGGGAACCCGGCUGUGCUCAGGGAGGCGGUGGAGGCCGUGGUGAGGAGCUUCGCCAAGCACACCCAGGGCUACGGGAGGGUUAACGUGGUGGAAGCAUUGCAAGAGUUCUGGCAGAUGAAGCAGACACGAGGGGCAGACCUGAAAAAUGGAGCCCUUGUGGUUUAUGAGAUGGUCCCCUCCAACAGCCCGCCGUAUGUGUGUUACGUAACAUUGCCCGGAGGCAGCUGCUUUGGAAGUUUUCAGUUUUGUCCAACAAAAGCAGAAGCCCGAAGAAGUGCAGCAAAAAUUGCGUUAAUGAAUUCAGUGUUUAAUGAGCAUCCUUCACGGAGAAUUACAGACGAGUUCAUCGAGAAAAGUGUCUCGGAAGCUCUGGCAACUUUCAAUGGGAACCGAGAGGAAGCUGAUAAUCCAAACACAGGAAUAGGUGCCUUCCGCUUUAUGCUGGAGUCUAAUAAGGGCAAGUCCAUGUUAGAAUUUCAGGAACUGAUGACUGUUUUCCAACUCCUGCACUGGAACGGCAGUUUGAAAGCAAUGAGAGAGCGGCAGUGUUCCCGGCAGGAGGUGCUGGCACACUACUCCCACCGCGCAUUGGAUGAUGAUAUGAGGAACCAAAUGGCCAUGGAUUGGGUGAACCGGGAGCAGGACACUCCUGGGACCCUCACAAGAGAGCUGGCCUCUACUGAAAGGCAGCUGGAUGAGGCCAGACUUGCUGGGAAAGAGCUACGCUACCACAAGGAAAAGAAGGACAUCCUGAUGUUGGCAGCUGGGCAGUUGGGAAACAUGCAUUCUUCUAACUGUUAGACUUUGUGCUUCCUACAUCCUAUAAUCAAUGUGCUAUGGGUGGUGGACCAGAGUACGCCUAGAACAUCAAGACCCAACGGUGUACACAGCUCUUGAAACCUUGCAGGAGUUCUCGAGAUCUGAGGGACUGUGUGGACAUGGAGACAAAAUCACGGAUGGGUGAAAAUAUCUGUUUAGAAGAGACCUGCAAAGUUUGGAGAGCUCUGUACACAGGAAGAACAGAUUUGUUAGGUUUGGAGAUCUCUGUGGUGUUGGGAUAUUUGUGCACACAGAAGACCAUUCGAUAUUAAUGACGAGUCUCAAAGUUAUCUUAAUCUUUCUAAAAACAUGGGCCUAUAACCCACUGCUGCACACACUUUCCGGACAUCGCUUAAGGACACAUUUAAUCCUGAUUGAGAGGUCUCCAGUCCUAGCAGAUCUCCACCAUUCAACUCACCCCAGCAACUCAGACACUACAUGAGUUCCAAGAAUGAGAAUUGUUUUUUUUUUUUUUUAAGAAAAUCCAUGGCAAUGUCCCAUCCUUUGCACAUUUAUCUGUACGAGCAAGUUUUGCCUGUACAGAUUUUUAUACACUACAGCUCUGUCUUUUAUCCGUAAGAGCAAUGCAUUUUUAUAUAUUAUAUAUUUUCAUAGCAGUAUUAAGCAUAUUACCUUUUGCAGUUUUACACUACUGUACAUUGGCACAGGUAUAACGAUAUGCGAAGCAGUGAUAACUUUCUGUGAGUAGUGGUCGUCUUAUUUACUUUUAAUGUAGUUUUGUAGAAAAUGUUUUUUUUUACAUUUAAAUACAAAGUACAAUGUAUGCAUUUAACGUGGAAAAAUCGGUUUCAUGUUAGGGGUUUUAAAAAAAAAAAAAAAAAAAUCCAAAAUAAAA